CCCCAACUAAUCAAACAUAACAAUCAACUCCCUGUUUAUUCCCGAAUACCCCAAAUAAUACCCCGAAUCAUAAAAACCGACAAUAAUACGAAUUAAUGAAAUACUGCAAUUAAUGUGUUUCCCACAACGAUGUCCGUUAGUAUGGGCUAUGGUUGUAGUCUGUAGAGGUGGCAAAUAGAUUUGAUUGGUAGAUCUAUGGAUUUCUGGAUUGGUGGAUUAGAUCAUGGAUCCAAGUGAUAUCUAAACAUUGGUCCUAUAUGUAAGUUUUGAAAGGUUUAUGUACUACAAUAUCAUAAUAGAAAAUUUUAGGUACCAAAUUGCAAAAUAUAAAAACUAUAGGUACUAAACUGUAAUUUGUCGAUGCUCUAUGAAUUAACAAUCCAAUUGAAUUUGGAUCAAAUAAAUUGGAUUUAAAUUGAUUGAAUUAGUAGAUUAAAUACAAAAUUGGAAUGGCAGAUUGGAAACAUUGAAUUGGAUUGUUAGAUUGGAUACAAAAUUGUCACCUCUAUGUGUCCAGAUAGAUCAAAAGAGUGAAGGUAAAAAAGUAUUGUACUAUGAGUACCAAUCACAAUACUGUAAUUUUUUUCAAGGCAUUGGGAAGUUCGGGGGUAAUAGCUAUUGGGUUUGGAGCAUAUGUAUAUGUUUUGUUGCUAAGUAACAGGAAAGCCAAAUCAAAUAUAAUUAUGUAGAUAAACCUUUUCACUAAGUAUAGCGCAAAAAUAUAUGAGAAAUUAUGCAUCACUAUAUGUAGUAUGUACCGGCGUAUAAUAUAGUUCUAAAUUGGUCAGCUAACUAACCGAAGGAAAUUAGCCAUGCUGAACUAAGUGUGUGGUAGCUUCCUUCUCACUUUCGUCUCUACUCUCAGCAAGAAUCUGCAUGUAUGUCGUCACUUUUAGUGUCAAAACUGAGAUGAAUCAAAUUGCUAUUAUGGGCAAAAAAACAUAGUACGAGAUCCGAUCUUUCACUCCUAAAUCCCCUCCUUAAUCGGCAUUCUUUAGUUAGUUUCGCCAUCCUAAUUUCUCAGUACAAGCUCCUUAAUCUAGAUGCACUUCUCAGUUCUCACCACAACACCUUCUGAUUAAUAAUAAUCAAAAACCGCCAAUGUCCACACCAACCGCGACCAACAACGGGAGCAAUGGCGACGACAGUGUUACUAAAGCUAAAAAUCGACGAUGUUUUUGCGACAAGGACGAUUUCCUCCCGGAGGAAUCAUUCAAAAAUUGGGGGAAUUACUUCAACGCCCUCUCCAACACCAUCCCGAGGCUCAAAGACCGGCUCGUCUCCAGAUCUCUCGACAGCCUCGAGCUCCAAGGCGUUCGAGCUCGAAGCGAAAACGAGAUGAAGAGGACGCUCAAUUGGUGGGACCUGAUCUGGUUCGGGAUGGGCGCCGUCAUGGGCGCCGGAAUUUUCGUCCUCACCGGCGAAGCGGCAAGGGACGACGCCGGCCCCGCCGUCGUCAUCUCGUACUUAAUCUCCGGUGUCUGCGCGAUGCUAUCCGUCUUGUGCUACAGCGAAUUCGCGGUCGAAUUGCCGGUCGCCGGAGGCUCCUACGCCUAUCUCCGAGUCGAAUUAGGCGACUUCGUGGCGUACAUUGCCGCCGGGAACAUUCUGUUCGAGUACAUUGUCGCCGGAGCUAGCGUCGCGAGGUCGUGGACUUCUUACUUCGCGACGCUCUGUAACGGCGAACCAAACGGAUUCCGAAUCUACGUCGGAUCUUUAGCGACGGACUACAACUAUCUGGAUCCAAUUGCCGUCGCUGUUUCGUUCGUCGUCUGCGUCGCCGCCUCGUGGAGCACGAAAGGCUCGUCGAGGUUCAAUUUCGUCACCACAAUCAUCCAUCUGGUGGUUUUGAUCUUCAUCCUCGCUGCGGGCUUCACCAAGGCCCAUCCCAAGAACGUCUCAAAUUUCGCCCCUUUCGGAAUUCGCGGCGUUAUGAAAGCGUCGGCAAUGUUGUUCUUCGCUUACGUCGGUUUUGAUGGCGUCGCUACUCUCGGCGAGGAAGUGAAGAACCCCGGUCGGGAUAUUCCCCUGGGGCUCAUCGGCUCGAUGACUGUAGUGAUCACUGUCUAUUGCCUCCUCGCGGCAUGCCUCACAAUGAUGCAACCUUACUACGAAAUCAACACCGAUGCUGCAUUCUCCGUCGCGUUCAAAGCAGUGGGGAUGGACUGGGCGAAGUAUAUCGUCGCCAUUGGUGCGUUGAAGGGAAUGACGACGGUUCUGCUGGCGAACAUUAUCGCGCAGUCUCGGUACUUCACUCACAUCAGUCGCACCCACAUGGCGCCGCCGAUUCUGGCCUAUAUUAAUGAGAAGACGGGAACGCCAUUAGUAGCGACGGUUGUGAUGACCGUCGCUAAUUCUGUAGUAGCUUGCUUCACUAGCUUGGAUGUUCUGUCUUCUCUGCUUUCCAUUGCCACUCUGUUCAUCUUCUCGCUUGUGGCUCUGGGACUGCUAGUUAGGAGAUACUACGUUGCUGGGGAGACGACAGAUUCAGAUAAGAGGAAGAUGGUUUUGUUCCUGGUGGUGAUUGUGGGAUCCUCGUGUGGAGCGAGUGCUUACUGGGCGAUUGGUAGAGGUGGAUGGAUUGGGUAUGUGAUCGCUGCUUCGAUUUGGUUUUUAGCGACGCUGGGGAUGCAGGUGUUUGUGAAGCAAGCUAGGAAGCCUAAGUUUUGGGGGGUGCCAUUCCUGCCAUGGCUGCCCUCUGCUAGUAUAGCCAUGAAUGUGUUCGUGAUGGGCUCUAUCGACGCUGCAUCUUUCGCUAGGUUUGCGAUCUGGUCAGCUGUGUUGCUUGUAUACUAUAUCUUUGUUGCACUCCAUGCUUCCUAUGAUGCAGCAAAAGAUAUUGAGAGAGAAACCAACGCUACUGUUAGGAUUGAAGAAGGGCAGCAACAACAGCCGACGGACACAAUUCUUGACUGAAGCUUUGCUGCAUAAGAUAGAGCUAGGGUAGCUAAUAGAAAUUAGCAUGACCA